AUGGUUGAUUAUGAGGAUUUGGAGAUUGUUGUUGGGGAUGGAACUGCUACACCAUAUCACUAUGAACUACCUUAUCAGCAUCCAUCACCUUGCCUAAGCAUUUCACCACCUCAACCCCCUUUAGGCUUAGAGGUUCCCACUAAAAAACCAAUUAAUCAUAAGCAGAGUAGGUCCAAGUAUGGAGAGAGUUCUAACUCAGUUGGGAACAACAGUCAAGACAAAGUUCUAGAAAAUCUAUCUGUUGGCAUUGAGAUUAUAGCCAUCAAUUUUGAAAAAUUGUCUAACUUGAUGGAGAAAAGAGAAAGAUACAAAGAGGCAAAGGAAAAUAUUUGGAGUGCUAUAAAAGAGAUCUCAAAUUUGGAUGAUCAAACUCGCUACAUGGCAACUGAUUUUCCUGAUACUAAUGCAAAGAAAGACUUUUUCUUGAUGAUGUCAAUAGAAGAGCACUCAAAUUGGAUAAAGUACAAGCUAGGAUGA